GUCCUCGAGGUAAAGCCCUGUUGAAAAGGUCGGAUUACCAAUCCAUCAGCGAGAAGUCUUGCCGUUGCCAUUGAUAAACGCCAUCGACGAUCCAGUCUUCUCCAGUUCCUUAUACACAAUCUUUCCCAUCUGUGGAGUAUCAAGAUCCCGUUUUCAAUAUGACUCAAACCGCAUCACCAUCCAACGAGGAGCUCGUCUCCGAGGUGACAAAAUACGUAGAGGCCUACAUGGCAAAAUACGACGCCUCCCACGACUUCAACCACAUCAAGCGCGUCGUCUCCCUCGCCCACAGCAUCCAUGCGCAAUCGCCAGCCACCCCAGCCCUGGACAAACACAUCAUCACCCUCUCCGCCCUUCUUCACGACGUCGGCGACCGCAAGUACCUCCAGCCCGGAGAGGACGCAUCCACCCUCGUCUCCACCCUCCUCCGCUCCCUCGGCGCGGCACCCGAACUCGCGGCCCGCGUACAGACCAUCUGCCUCGGCGUCAGCUACUCCAGCGAGAUCAAGGACCCGGCGCUCGUCCGGGCGCUGAUUGCAGAGUACCCGGAGCUCGCCGUCGUGCAGGACGCCGACCGCCUUGACGCCAUUGGUGCCGUGGGUAUCGGGCGGUGCUUCACGUUUGGCGGUGCCAAGGGUGCGCGCAGCAUGGAUGACUCCAUCAUCCACUUUGAGGAGAAGCUGGUGAGGCUGGAGGGGAUGAUGAAGACGAAUGCUGGGAGGGAGAUGGCGCGGGAGCGGACCAAGAGGCUUCUCACCUUUAUGGAGUGGUGGCAGGAUGAGGCCGGUCCUGUCAGCGCCUGAGAGGGCUUCAAUUCUUUAUACGGAUAUGAUAUUUCCCUUCGAUUCAACUCGAUACCCAGCUUUGUUUUGAUAUUACAGUCC